AAAAGGUGGUAUUGGAGUUAUCGAUUUUAGGCGGAUAGUCUGGACUGGUUUAAAAAUGAUGAAGUGAGUACGAAGAAAGUCUGUUACAAUUUUAUUUCUAUGGUUAUUGUAACUACUUUGCACAUAUAAAUUGAUUGUUUAUAUCAAAAGUAUGAUUUGGAGUUCUUUCGCAACAAAAUUUGGGAAGAAUAUGGAUUAUUGGCUUAAACAAACCAUAUUAUCAGACAAUCAGGAUUUAUCAACCGUUUGCUUCAAAUUGCUCAGCUGGUUGGAUGCCGAACUUUGUGGCACAAUGACGUAUAAAUAUAUUGAAACAAUUCUUACGGGUGCCGUGUUCGUUGAUAUCAUAUUUGAAAUAAUGGGAGAAGAAAUGACUAAAGAUUUAAUGGAGACACAUGCGCACCACAGGCUAUUUUUAAAAGAUAAUUGUAAAAUAUUAAGUGAAGUAGGGGUAACUGUACAUUCAGCUGCUAAUAUUUUAACAACUCCUGAAGGAUAUAAAUAUAUUUUUACGAUUGAAAAUAUACUAAAACAUUUUCUAAUUGAUGUUAACUUGAUUUAUAAUUAUAAGCGGUCAUCAAAAAAUAUAAGUAUAGAUAAUGCGAAGUACAAAAUGCUGUUAAUAGUUCAAAGAAUCUUCCAGUUGCCACCGAAAAAUAUUGAUAUUUCCGUGAAUAGGUUGGUAUCUCAUUGUGAUUUUUCUUUACUUGGGCAUAUUUUUUUAGAAGAAACAAAUAGCUUACAUAUUUGCAAAUAUAAGAUUUUAGAACAUAAAAUUUGCAAAAAAAUUUCCCAAGGAAAUAUAAGUUCAUCUUUUAUAAAAUCGAUGUAUGUAACAGCCUCAAGUUCAUUAAAGGGGAACACCUUUUUAAAAUCAUGCCUUAGAAAUGAUGUUUUCGGUACUAGCUUGGUACAAUUUUUCAUGCUAUUUUUUGAAAACCUUGAAAAAGAAGGAUAUAAUAUUACAAUAAAUUCCCAGCAUAAGUUAUCUGACAUAAUUUUUUUAGUGCAUUGUGCACUACAUUCAAAAACAUCUUGUUCUCAAUUAAAUAAAACAAUUCGUACUAACAAAAGCGUUGCACAACUUAUAAAAAAGUCAUUUUUUAUUUAUUAAUAAGUAUAAUUAGUAUGUAUGUAUGUAUAUGUUAACAAAUAUUUUAAUUUCCAAUAAAAGUAACAUAUACUGAAUACCAGUACGUGAAAAGGGUGAAAAGUAA